CGCGCUCCGAAAUACGAGGCACUAGUUAGUCGUGACUCAGUCUCGCUGGGUCGUACGCUCGCUAGGCGACUGAAAUCCUUGACAGUGACAGCGCGAUCAUAUCCCAAGUGGAGAGAAGACUGCCACCUCCCAGACGUCCAGCGAACCUGUGUCGAGAAAUCCCUCCACAGGAAACAAAUCCGCUCCUCAGAAAUAAAUCCCGUCACGUGUAGUCCAAGGAGAGGCGACUCGCAGAGACAGAAGCGUCGGUGAAUCCCGGAGGACAAUUGCAGGCGUGUGUUCACCCCCCCCCCCCCCCCCUGUUCGAGGCUGUGUAUAAACUCGGGAGGAUUUACAGCGGUGCAAUAAAUGUCUCUCCUUUCUUCGAGCGACUAACAGAUUCCAGAAAGUUCGGUGCUUUCGUCUCGAGAAGUGGGGGAAUCCUCAAGGACAAUCUCCGCGGGGUGUGAGGGAGUCGGCGAGAUCCUUUCCAGGUGUAGGGUGUUCGGUGGGCGUCCCCGGGAGAGUAGGGAUCGCCGGCCACAACGCGCCCUUUGUCAGUCACCCGCAGCGCAAGACUGUGUCUCUCUCCCGAGGACAUGCUGUGUAUCAGUCACCCAUAGUAGCUUAUUUUUGGUCACGGGUUGGCAUCUGCUCCGGGUUAUUACGUCGUAGUAUUCGCUUUCGGAGGGUCAGGAACGCCAGGUCGAUUCUUUUAAUGCUAAACCUAAACAUUCGGAAAGAGACAAUAGCGAACUGAUAGUGUGGGGAUAUUUACAAAUAAGGAUUGACCAUUCCUCACACGCACGCAGUUGCCAAGAGGGAAUAUCCGCGCCACGGACGCCAGCCAACAAAGAGCGCCCAAAGCGACCGUGGGAACAGCGGCCGCAACGAGAGACAUGCUCGUCGCCGCCCCGCCGUCGCCUCAUUAACGCCGCCUACCUGUCCAAGAUGAUGGCCUUCUCUUCGCCCCAGUUGCCUACCUCGACCAUGGCGUCUUCGUUCGCCGCCAACGCCACCGCGGAGAUCUCGGCGGCUGCGGCAAUCGCGGCGACGGCGAGCGCGACGGGGGACUUGCUCUUCAACACUACCUUGGCGCCGAAUGAUUAUGGCAACUUCACCGGACAAGAAGGCCAAGAAGGAAUGGUAUUCAAGUGCAAUUUGAACAUUCUGCAGGCCAACUUUACCGAGUUCGAUUAUGAUGGACGAGUCGAGAUGUUUAUCCCUAUAACCUGGAGGGAAGUGCUGAAGAUCGUGGCUUACGUCAUCGUUUUCUUGGUCUCACUCACGGGCAACAUGCUCGUGAUAUUAGUGGUUUUCUGCAACUCCCACAUGAGAACCUCCACCAAUCAGUAUCUUGUGAACCUGGCCUUUGCGGAUCUACUCGUGACCAUGGGCUCGAUGUGGGUUCACCUGAUGCGUCAUCUGUCCUUUCCGAAUUUCACUCUUCCAAGCAUCACUUGUAAACUCGAAGGCUUCAUCCAGGCCACCGCUCUUCUCGGCAGCGUGUUCACUCUCACCGUGAUCAGCGUGGGCAGGUUUGUCGCCGUCAUGUUCCCCUUCCUCGCCCGCACCUCUCCCGACCGCGCGCUCAAGGUCAUCGCGGGCGUGUGGGUUGUGUCCGCCUCGAUCGCUAGCCCGAUACUAGUCUACCGGAAUACAUACAACAUACAGUGGAAGAACUUUACCACUUGGCACUGUGACGAAUUCUGGCCCAACCACGGUACCCAAGACGCGAGCGGGCAGUGUGUCAUCAAGUUCACCAGCAAGAUGAUCUAUUAUACAGUCCUUAACACGGCUUUCUUCUUCGUUCCCAUCGCCAUAAUGCUCGUGAACUACAGCAUGGUCGUCUGGAGGCUGUGGAUGACGCAACUGCCAGGGGAGACCUACGACCCGGCUGUCAGCGCCUCUACUAGGGCCAAGAAGAGGGUUGUCAAGAUGAUAUCGGUGGUACUCCUGGUAUUUGCUCUGUGCUGGUCGCCCUUACAGUCACUAAUGCUCUACAGCAACUUCGCUCACUCGCAAAAUGAAAAUGGAAUGCUUCCGAAAUGGUUCCCCGAGGCAGAGUUUGUGUCUUAUUUCGUGGCCUACUCCAACUCCGCUCUCAACCCCAUUAUAUACUGUGGCUUCAAUGCUAACUUCCGGCAAGGUCUCAUGACUCUCCUGACUUGCCGCCAGUCGUCCUUCACUCGCAUGUACCACUACCGACCAGGGACCUGGAGGGGACUGACUGCCCGCACUCAGGAGACCACGGUUGGAAACUCUGGAAACGAACAUGCUGUCGUGGUGGACCUCAACUCGACCGGGCGUAAAAGGAUUUCUCAUCGCGGCCCCCAGCAACCUGGAGGAAUUUCCAUCACGAGUUCCUGCACUGAAUUACGUCAGAACAACAUUGGCGACUUGACCGCCGAGAGCUGCAGGAGGUGCAACCACAACGAAGGAAGCGAGUCAAACCUGGAGACCCAUCUUGGCCACAGCUGCGCUCCUCCGGCCACCAUCUACAACAACCACGCCCUCCACCACGAGCUCCACCACAGCCACAGCCGCCUCCACCAAUCGGGAGAACACCUCCACCAGGGGCAGAAUGGACGACGCUUGCCCCUGGUUCCCUCGUGUGACUCCAGCCAUGACGGUGAAGGGGUCGGCUGCGGGUGCUGCCGGCGCCAAAAAGCCAAGGGGCCCUCCGUUUUCCACCAGGACGUCGAGUAAGGGGCCCUCCGUCUACCACCAGGACGUCGGAUAAGGGGCCCUCUGUCUACCACCAGGACGUCGAGCAAGGGGCCCUCCGUCUACCACCAGGACGUCGAGAAAGGGACCCUCCGUCUACCACCAGGACGUCGAGCAAGGGGCCCUCCGCUUUCCACCAAGACGUCGAGUAAGGGGCCCUCCGCUUUCCACCAGGACGUCGAGUAAGGGACCCUCCGUCUACCACUAAGACGUCGAGUAAGGGGCCCUCCAUCUACCACCAGGACGUCGAGUAAGGGGCCCUCCGUCUACCACCAGGACGUCAAGUAAGGGACCCUCCGUCUACCACCAGGACGUCGAGUAAGGGGCACUCCGUCUAUCACGAAGACGUCGAGUAAGGGGCCCUCCGUCUACCACUAAGACGUCGAGUAAGGGACCCUCUUUCUACCACUAAGACAUCGAGUAAGGGGCCCUCCGUCUACCACUAAGACGUCAAGUAAGGGGCCCUCCGUCUACCACCAGGAUGUCGAGUAAGGGGCCCUCCGUCUACUACCAAGACGUCGAGUAAGGGGCCCUCCGUCUACCACCAGGACGUCGAGUAAGGGGCCCUCCGUCUACCACUAGGACGUCGAGUAAGGGGCCCUGCGUUUUCCACCCGGACGUCGAGCAAGAAGCCCGCACGUCCUCUCACUCCUUCGUUCUGUCAGGCAGGGUGAGAGCGCGGCGCUGGCAUUUGCUCUCCCGUUGGUGGACCGGGACGUGACACCUGUUUUUCUUUUUCUUCUUUUCUUUUCUUUUCUCGAUUAGGUCGUAGACUAUCGACGGUUACAAGCACACACUGGUAUGUCACUUAUUCGCAUAUGGAAACGUAAGUGAUUGCAGUGUGAUGCAGAUAUUAAUAUUCUUUGGUGUUUAACAGUAAGUGCUAUGGAAAAGCUUAUCUAAAUCAUAAUCUGCAAUAUAUCUGCAAACGACUGGUGAUCAAAACGGUCGUCAUUUAAAACAAUUUACCCAGGAUGUGUUGUUAUGUAUAAGCAUACGAUUUUAUGUAGAUGCAUAGGUACACACACACACACACACACACUGAUACACACACGCAGAUUCAAAAACACACACACAUUUAUCUAUCAAUCUAUUUAUGUAUCUUUCUAUCUAUAUAUAUGCAUAUAUAUAAAUAAACAAA